AUGAAUAAUAAAUUAGUUUAUUCAAUCAUUGAUAUACAUAUUAUUUUAAUAACAUUAUUAAUGCAAUGUAUAAUCAUAAUGGCAAUUAUUUCAUUAAAAAAACAAUCUCAAUGGCAUAUAAAUUUUCGUUUUAAUAUACUUUUAUCAAUAAUUAUCAUUGACAUUAAUACAUUCUUAGAAGUAAUAAUAUGUAUUUUAAAUAUAUGUUUUGGAAAUAAUUUAAGAGAAUCAUCAUAUUAUCCAUGGAAAAAAAUAUUUAUAAUUUGUCGUGAAUGGCAAUUAAAUAUGAAUAAUUAUUAUAGAUACACUCAAUGGACAAUAAUAAUUGAAAGAUUAAUUUCAACAAUAUAUAUAGAAAAUUAUGAAAAAAAAACAUUUAGAUUAUAUCCUUUUUAUAAUAUCUGUUUUAUAUCAAUUGCUACAUAUAUUACUGUUAUGAUACCAAAAUUUUUUAAUUUUUUUGAUGAUAGACAUAUCAUGUAUAUUUUUAUUGAUAUACCAAUAUGUAUAACAUUUUAUAUUUUAUAUAUUAAAAAUAAAAAUUUAAAAUUUAAUAUAAAAAAUAUUGAAAAAUCAUUAUCUAAUAAAUAUCAAGUUAAUGAAAAUAUUUUUAUUAUGUGGUUAUUUUUUCCAAUCAUAACAUUACAUAUCAUUCAACAAUUUUUACUUCAUUUAUUUGCUAUUCUUAUAAGAUUUAUGAAUAUCACAACUGAUGAAUAUUUUUUAAUUGUUUAUGCAAUAAGAAUUCACAUUUUUCUUGUUACUCUUAUAACAAUAACAUUUGUCAAAAAAUUAAGAAAAUAUUUUGAUGGUAAAAAUAUCUUUUUACAAAAUAAAAAAAGAUUAGGAAUUGUUAAUUUUAAAAAUUCAACAAAAUUUUUAAAAAAUACUUUAACUAAUAAUCAAAUUAAUGCUAAUCAAACUAAAAUGUAUUUUGAAAUUUUUUAUAACAAAUGGAAUAAAUAUUAA